UGGCCCAUGAUUCGCCUUCACUUUGUCUCUUAUUAUUAUUAUUAUUAUUUUUUUUGGGCCGUGUAUCUCACAAAAGUUCCGCUCUUUUAUUGUGUGUUGCCACAGAAAAUUCCCCUUCAGUCCCGCCCGCCCUCUGCUUGCUUCUUCUUCACUAUCACUCCACUUCCCCUACUUGGUAGUGUUGUUGUUGAGCGUUGACAAGCGUUUGAAAAGAGAAAAAGAAAGACUCGAUUCUGUUGUAAUACGAUCGCCUCUUAGCCAGCUUUGGACUUUUUCAUCACCGUGACGCGCUUCCCCUCUUUGGAUUGAAUGAAGCUUGAAGUCCUUUUGCAUUCUGUUCACUGUUAGAAUCAAGAUUGUUUCCCCCCACCGCCAGUUUUUCCGCCACUCUUGUUAUUACCACUUUUCUUUUUUCUCUACUAGAAACUGGCUAUACAUAAUAUUUCUCUUCGCUAC